GCCUUUGGGGACCGCCCCCUGAGGACCCUCCCGCGUCGACCUCCAGGACCGCGUCCCGGGGCUCCUGGAAGAGAAGACUCGAAAAUAGGGCAAGUUGCUAGCGCUGCUUGAGGACCAGGCUUUUUCACCGCCGAGGACCUCCUGAUCUGCGCUUCAGCCGCGAGAGAGGUCUCGGCUCCGCUCUUUACAGAGGAAGAAACUCGGGCCGGGAAAGAUACCCUCGUGUGGUUUUAAUCAGGAAUGAAAUCUGAAAGCUAAGAGCAGAAGCGUUUUUGGUCAAUAUGGAGGACAAAAGACAGCGAGCCCGAGUGCAGGGAGCCUGGGCUGGUCCCCCUAAGAGCCAGGCCCCUGCUCAGCCAGCCACCACUGCUAAGAGCCAUCUCCACCAGAGACCUGGUCAGACAUGGAUGAACAAGGAGCAUCAUCUUUCACACAGACAGUUUGUGUUCAAAGAACCCCAGCAAGUAGUACGCAGAGUUCCAGAGCCACGAGUAAUUGACAAAGAGGGUGUGUAUGAAAUCAGCAUGUCACCCACAGGCAUAUCUAGGGUGUGUUUGUAUCCUGGCUUUAUUAACUUAAAAGAAGCUGACUGGGUAUUGGAACAGCUUUGUAAGGUCGUUCCCUGGAAACAGAGGACUGGCGUCAGAGACGAUGUAACUUACAAGCAACCAAGACUUACAGCAUGGUAUGGAGAACUUCCUUACACUUAUUCAAGAAUCACUAUGGAACCAAAUCCUCACUGGCAUCCUGUGCUGCACACACUGAAGGACCAAAUUGAAGAAGACACUGGCCACACCUUCAACUCCUUGCUCUGCAAUUUGUACCGAAACGAGAAGGACAGUGUUGACUGGCACAGCGACGAUGAACCUUCGCUAGGGAGAUGUCCCGUCAUCGCUUCACUGAGCUUUGGUGCCACACGCACUUUUGAGAUGAGAAGGAAACCCCCACCAGAAGAGAACGGAGACUACACGUAUGUGGAAAGAGUGAAGAUACCCUUGGAUCAUGGGACCUUGUUAAUCAUGGAAGGAGCAACACAAGCUGACUGGCAGCAUCGAGUGCCCAAAGAGUACCACUCUAGAGAACCGAGAAUAAACCUGACCUUUCGGACAGUUUAUCCAGACCCUGGAGGGGCGCACUGGUGAUGGGAGAACUUUGAGAGAGAAGCUGGGCCAAGACUGAGCAAAUCUUCCACCGUGAAGGAACUUCCAGAGGCUGGUCCGGCUGAUCUAGCAGGGAGGCUGUUCAGAAGACAAGGGUGGGAUUUGCUUCCCAGCUUCGGAGUCCUAUUGAAUGACAGCCAGCGGGUCAUAUUCAUACUAUGUUUACUGUGGGAACAGAACCCCUAAUCACACCUUAAAAUCACAGAGCUUCUUUAGGCAAAUUAAAAACUGCUGUGGCUGUGCUCACG